AUGGAUUCCAGCUCCUACAAGAUCUAUCACGUUCACGGUUAUGAUUCCAGACAAUAUCUGGAGGAUUAUUUCUCAGGAAAACCUGAAAUGGUCUUUGCAGAAGAUACCUUGAUAUUUCCCAUUGAAAAUCUUACAAAAACUUUCAAAGAGGGUCACAUUAAUGGAGAUGUCCUGAUUGACCUCAGUAAUGGUUCCCUUGUUCAUCACCUCUAUGCAGCCUGUGAGUUUUUCCAACACAUUAUAGUCCUGAAGGUCAGUGAUGGCUGCAUCAUGGAGAUGAAGAGAUGGCUGGACUCACGUACAGGAGCAUUCGAUUGGGGACAUGUCACAAAACUUCAUGAAGAGAUUGAAGAAAACGGUGACCAAUUACAUGGCAAAGAGGAAAAAGUGAGAUCAACAAUUCCACAUGUUGUAAAAUGUAACCUUGAAAAAGAAAAUAUGACGGAUCCGAUAGACUUACCACCAGCAGAUUGUAUCAUCAGCGCUUGGCUCCUAGAAGUUAUCUGCAAAGACCAAGAUGAUUACAGGAGAUAUCUCAGGAAGUUCUCAGAGUUGCUAAAACCUGGAGGACACCUCAUAUUACUUGGAGGUUUAGAUGCUACAUAUAUCACAGUUGGGAAAGACAAGAUCCGUGUUCUUAAAUAUAAUGAGGAUUUUGCCAGGAAAGCUCUAGUUGGAGAAGGUUUUGUUAUAGAAAACUGUGUGUUUAAAAAGAGAACAGUGUUGAGUGACCUUAUUGACUAUAGUGCCGUCAUGUUCAUUGUAGCUCAUAAGGAAAAGUAG